AUGUCCCACACGACCAAGCCUAGCUUGGCGCCCUCUCACGCGUCAGCAUCUGCCGUGAUGCAAGGCCAAAAGGCAGACGGCCCCUUGGGUUUGCGGUUCGACAGUCACGCACAGCCGCAGCUGUUUGAUGACGCUGUUCUGCAAGAUCCCGCAAUACAGCACCAGCAGCUUCGGCACGAUGCCGCGCCGGCACAGAGACCAUACCAGCAGCUGCAACCCCAACAGCAGCACGCAUCCCUACCGUCCGCUUACGUUCCGCAGGUCCCUCUCUCCGAGCAGCAUCAGCAGUCGCGCCCCACUGAAUCAAUGGGCGGCCAGUUCUUCCCCCUCAUACCCGUCGACUCCGCCACGGUGCCCGUGCCGUAUGCGCAAUCCAUUCCUUUUGGCGAUAAAAUAGAGACUUCUGCGGUGGCAGCGGCGGCCGCUGCCGAUGCCAUUGCCACUGGACAGCAGUACAUGUUAUCGUUCUCCACAAACGAGCAGGCAGAUCAUUGGACCGGCUUGGCGCAAUCCGCGCACAUCCCGAACCCUGCCUUCUUGCCCGCUGGAGCUAGAGCUUCGCAUGCACUUGGCCCCUCCUCGCAUCCGAUUGAAAUGCCGAUGCCGAUGGUUCCAACGCCAACGCAGCGACAUGUGGUGAGCUACUCUGCGUUGAACCAGCCUCCGCUCAUGGUCGGUCCAUCGGUGGCCACCCUCGAUGGCGUGGCCUUCAGCAACGGACACAACAUGGUGCACAGCGUCAGCACCGGUGAUGGUACUCCUGCGGCUGCUACUGCUGCUGUGAGUGGCAAUAGGCCGGGCCACGGAAAAGGAAAGGUUCUCUCCAGUGUGACGGUUUGCACGUUCUGCCGCUUGCGCAAGCUUCGCUGCGACGGCGAGCAGCCGUGCAGGCAGUGCGAGCGACGCAGCUUGCAGUGUGUACACGCGCCCGCCAGCGGCGCUGGGCGACGGGAAUUGGCCAUAGGGAGAGGGGCAGCUUCAGCUGCUGCGGCAAAGGAGGGGCCAUACAGCAAACCUAAGGCCAACAAGGAGAAGAGCAAAACGUCAGACGGAAACAACGAGGCAAAGGGGGCAAUAGCUGCGCGAACGGUUGGUAGCCCCGACGGCGGCAUGGACCUCGCAGUUCCGAGCGAGCAUUUUCGCCCGUUAGAUCUUGCACCCGGGGCUUCCCUUGUUGACCUCGUCCGUGUCGGGCCAUCGGGCGGGCAGCACGCAUUUGAUGAAACUCCAAUUCACACACAGCCUCCCGCUGCCCAAGCCACGGCACUUCACAUACAUGAUGGGCAUCACUCCUCUCCCGCCGCUGGUCGCAUCACGUCGAUUCCGCCCAUGUUGCAGCCGCGCAAGGGACGUGCGACGACAAGCUUUACGGUGUCAAUGGCCUCGCCGCACCAGUCUCUGCCCAACACGCAGGGGCAGCCGACGCGCGCAUGGACAUCUGCCGAUCAUGUCCAGCCUCUCGCGCUAUCGCAGUCGCAGUCGCGGAGCAAGAUAACGGCAUCGCCACCGCCCGAGCACACGUUCACGCGCUCCGCCGAGGCGGACGACGGACUGUGCCAGGUCGCCGCUUCCGCCACGAGUGGCUAUUUGUGGCUGAGCUACGAGGUUGACCCGGCGCUGUACGACGACGGCGACGACGCCAGUGUCGCAUCGUCGCAGGAGGAAGACGAAGAUAAGGCAGAGGAGGAGGAGGAUGACCACGAUGUGGGCGCGGCCAUACCGGAGGAGCCGCUUCCUUCCGCGCUGACGGGGAACCGUUCUGCAUCUGCGCUGCACCUCGUCAGGAACCAUUCCUUGCGGCGGCGGCUGCACGCAGCGCGCGCGACGAUCGCGCGCGAACCGGACAACCGGAGCAGCCGCAACCCGGGCUGGUGGGAUGAGGUAGUGCUGAUCUUUGGGCCUUCUCGCGCACGCUCGAGACGCAUGAUCAAGUCGCUCACUGAGCACUUCACCACGAGCAAUGCCAUCUUCUUUGGCUUGAUCUACCCGCCCGAGCUCAUGGCGUUGCUGCAAGACGCCGACAAACGUGCGAAGGCGCACCCGGCGCUGCUUCCCGCCGUGCUCGCCGUGGCCAUGAUGAGCAUCAAGGAGAAGCGCCCGGAGCCGUUCAACAUCGACUUCUUAAGCAUAGACCCAGUCACGCGGCAGAUUGUCGCCAAGCUGCACAAGAUGGCCAUCACGCAGCUCCAAGCGACCAUCGAGUCCGGCAGCAACCGCAGCAUCACAAUGGCGCAGGCCACCACCCUGCUCACGCUCCUGUCCGAGGACGUGCAGGAGAAGCGCGACCUCAUCAACCUCAUCCAGCAGACCAUCCUCGGAAACCGCUGGGCGGCCGCCGUGCCCGGCUCCGCCGCGUCCGCCGACGCGGCCUUCUACACGAGACCCCCGUCCGCCGUCCUGGAAGGCGGCACGGCCGAUGCUGACGUGCUGUUGGAGACGCUGCUGCGCCUGUGCUGGACGCCGUCGAGCCACUGGAUGCGCGACAUGCUCCUCGCGCCGCACGAGGAUAACAUCAAGCUGCCGCUGCACCUCGAGAUGGUCCGCCCGAUCGGCCACUGGGAGCCAUCGCAGCUGCCCAAGGAACUACCCCUAUCGUUCCACUGCAUACAGGAGCUGCUCCGCCUCGGCUCACACCUCGUGCGCAUCGCGUGCAAGGCUGCACGCAUCAGCAGCCACCAGCAGGCGCUCGUGCUCAGCGAGCGGCUCGAUGCGCUCGAGGACCGCCUCAUCUUCAUCAGGCUCAAGGGGCUGGACGAGGGGGGUCAUGCACUUCGUCUGCUGUGCGCUGGUGCCGCUGCGCUUGAGUAUCUGGAGAAAGACGGGCAUCUGGACUAA